CGUGCGUGUUCUGAGUUUGAUCAGUUUUGAGUCGCGCGCGGUGAAGAAGUGAAGCUCGAGCUGUGGAUCAUCAGGUCACAGGGCGGAUCGACCGGAUCGAUGGAUUGAUCGAUCAGAACUGCAGCUGCUGCGGAGGCUGACCAGGUCCCCCCCUUUCUCCUCAGACAUGGCACAUGUGUGUGCGUUGCUGGCGUGCAUGUGCGUGCUGAGUGUGCGUAUUGGGGCUCACGGUGUAUUGGACGGGAGUGACCACGCCCACCUGGACCACCAUCACCUAGUUUCCAACGGCAACACAGCCUCAGAUCUGUGUGCGAUAGACCGGCAGCUCUGUGAGGAGGAAAACGCCGUCCUGAGUUUCGAGGCGAUCUGCAGCAUCCACAAACUGAUGGACGAUGACGCCGACGGGACGGUGGACACAACUGAGACGGACGAGUUUCUGAGGGAGGAUCUGAAAUAUCACGACCGGAAAGCCAAACACCGCAGCUUCCACGGAGCCGACCUGCACAUCAGCAUCGAGGACAUGUGGAGCGCCUGGCAGAGCUCGCCAGUGUAUAACUGGACGGUGCAGCAGGUGGAGGACUGGCUGCUCAUCAGUGUGGAGCUUCCUCAAUACACAGAAACCUUCAGGAGGCACCAGCUGGACGGGAAGUCCUUACCCAGGCUGGCGGUGAAGAACACCACUCUGACCGUGUUGGUGCUGAAGAUUUCAGACAGAAUUCAUUCUCAGAAGCUGCAGCUCAAAGCUCUGGACAUUGUUCUGUUCGGACCUCCGCCAGGCCGACAGAGCUGGUGGAAGGACCUGGUUCUGGGCGUGUCCGUCCUGAUGGCGCUGUGCGGCUGCUGCUUCGCCUACGUCCAGACCAGGAGGUCCAGAGACGACCUGGAGACGCUGGCGAAGGACCUGGAGGGUCUGCAGAGGGCGGAGCUGAGUCUGCUGGAGCUGCAGGACAAGCUGCAGCAGGCUCAGGAGGAGCAGCGCUGCGUUCAGGUGGAGAAGGUGAAGGUGGAGGAGGAGCUGAGGAACAAGAUCUGCUCGGCCAAACAGGAAGCUCAGCGGCUCCGAGAGCUCCGAGAGGGAACGGAGAACGAGAGGAGCCGACAGAAGUACGCAGAGGAGGAGCUGGAACAGGUACGUGUGGCUUUGAAGAAGGCGGAGAGGGAGCUGGAGUCGCGGGUUCACUGGGCUCCUCCGGACGUUCUGCAGAAAUGGCUCCAGCUGACGCACGAGGUGGAAGUUCAGUAUUAUAACAUCAAGAAACAGAACGCAGAGAAACAGCUACUGCAGGCCAGGGAGGGGGCAGAGAAGAUCAAGAAGAAGAGGAGUUCUCUGUUCGGGACGUUUCACGUCGCUCACAGCUCGUCGCUGGACGACGUCGACCACAAGAUCUUGUCGGCCAAACAGGCGCUGGCGGAGGUGACGGCGGCGUUACGGGAGAAACUCCACCGCUGGCAGCAGAUCGAGUCUCUGACUGGUUUCUGUUUGGUCCACAACCCGGGUCUCGGAGCGCUGGCGGCCGCCCUCAACCUGGACCCGUCCUUCCUCGGCCUGCGACCUCCGACCCCGCAGCACCUCCUGCUCUCCGACGACCUCGACGACAUGGACGAGGACAUCCUGUCUCCUGGGACGCUGCAGUAUGCAGCGUGGCAGAUGGACCGGCGAGUGAGCGACCUCUGGCCCCUGAGUGGCAUCGCAGACACACAGUCGUCAUGGAAACACUCUGCUCAGAGUCUGAUGCCCUUGCAACAGCGGACGGGAGACCCCGCUCUGAUGUUCAGCUCUCAGAGAGACAUUACAAACCGCUCAGACUCUGACUCCUCCCUCCCACUCUCUCCCGGCGAAUCUCGAUGUCUGUACAGCCUCAAGCCCCUCCUCCUGCCCUCUGGGCUCCACCCCCUGCAGGGUCAGGGCUCUGGGCUCGUCGGAGGCCUGGAGAAGAGCUCCAGCCUCGGGGAGCUGAGGAGCAGCGCUGCCUCCGUCCUCGCCUCCUCCUGCUCCACCCGCUCCCUCUGCAUCACGCCAGACCGCCCCGUCGCCUCCUCCUUUGCCUCGUCCUGCUCGUCGGGCAGGAGGAGCCCCGUGGAGGAGGAAGUAGGCGACGAGUCGUCCAGAAGCCGGAGGAGAACCACGUUCAAUAAGAUCUUUAAGAAGAAGCAGGGACGUUAUUGAUUCUCAGUUCCAGAAAAAAUCCCACAAACCUGCGGAGUCACGAUGAGACUUUAACCUUCAUCAGAGGAAACAUCAGUCGUCUACUUUAACUUUUCUGACAUAGUUUGAUCUCCGUUAAACUGAGUAAAGAUCUGAUUCAGACACAUGAAGAUGAGGAGGAGGAGGAGGAGGAGGAGGAGGAGGAGGACUGAUGAAGAUACAACUCAACUGUUGAGAGACAUUUUCAUCUUUCUUUUUCUGUUUGAAGUGAAACUUUGACAAAAGUUUACAAUCUUCUCGCCAUCGAUUUCGAGAUAAAGCGAUAAAGACAUUUAAAACAUCUUCUUUGGGAAUAAUAUUCAUCUUUAUAUUUGUGUAUUUUCACACGGCCAAGUUGUUUCCUUGGUGCUCAUUAGAGAAAUAAACUGGCUCCUGUCCGUCACAGGUUUGAUUCCUGCAGCAACAGAUUCUGUUACACAGUUAAAUGACAGGAAACAUUGUUGGUUUAUUCUCUUGAUGAAUACUAAUAUAUAAAAAAUAUGAUAUUAAUAAUAUUAAAUCCAGCUAAACUGAGAGAGUAAGGACAGUAAAUGAAAUGCCGUUGUUAGCAUGCUAGCCGUUUUUGAAUCUGCAGGAUUCAGAAGAACCUCCACCAGGGGGCAGAGUAGCAUGACGGAGUAUUACGGCUACUUAAAGGGAAAAAAUAUCUCAAAAUAUAAAACUAUAAAGCUUAUUAUCAAAGAUUAGAAUCAAAUUUGCCCUUUUGUUUGGAUACAGGUGUAAAUUAUUAUUUGAGUUUGUCUUAAUUCUGAGGGGGGGUUAGGGUUCUGAGGACUAACUCGUGAGCGCCCUCUUGGUGAACUGCAGCCAGUUUUUAAUACAACAGCAUUAACAGGAGCUGGAGUCAAAACCUCUGACAUGUUAAACGGACGAUCGUCAGCAAAGAGAGUUGAAAUUCAGUUGACUCAUUUGUGAGUUGGUGGCGAUUGACCUAAAUGAAACAGCCGUUAAACACAGAACCGCUGUGCAGUGCAUUCUGGGAAACUGAGGACGCGUUGAGUCACAGUUUAUCUGUUAACGUGUGUCAGAUGCAUGAUGGGAACUUUCUGUGGAGGUGUUUUUGUUUCAUAUUUACACAUCAGAGUGGAUUUAAAGGUUUAGUUGAUGAAACGCUCUGUUUUCAGGUGGUGUUGCCUGUAGAUAAAGACACAUGACGGCUCCUCCAUGUCAACAGAUGGGACAUGGAUCAAAGUUUAAAAAGUAGACGUUAAAUAAAUCACCACAAGAUGGCAGCGUUCAUAUCUGAGAUAUUUUGGAGGAAGUGGAGACGUGUCAUCGUCUUUGUUGACAGUUACUGAUCAUGUUUAAUUUCAGGUUUUAUAUAACGAGAGAUUUCAAACAAUCAGUGAACUGACAUCACCAUCAUGAAAAUAGAGACUGACGUCAUUUUGUGACAUUUAUUUUCACUGUUUGAUUUUCACCUCUAGAGGAAAUGUAUGAUCUUUAUUGUUACACACACACACACACACACACGAGGUAAUAAAUCAGCCUGUGUGUGUGAGGCAGGAUGUUCGACAGGAUGUGAGGUUUAAAUAAAGUUACCUUUAUUUAUUCUGAACCAAGAUGAAUGUCCAACUGCUCGUUUAAAGACAGCAGCCGUCAGAACUUCAUUAGUUCACAUAGUUCACACGGGUCAGAAAGAAGCAGGUUCUGUGCUGCAUGUUAACACCAACAGGAUUAAAGUUCCACUUCAGACUCAUGAAGAAGAAUGUGACCACCAGGUGGCAGCACAGAGCCGCAGAUCAUCAACAACAGACUGAAGAGAAGCAACAUUUGUGCCUUCUUUUAUUUUUUAGUUUAAAGAUUUCGUUCUCAUCAUCUGUGGAUGAAGAACAGACUCAAUGUUUUAAACAUCAGAGAUUCACAGCAACACGUCAACUUUUGACUGUUUCAUGUGGAUAAAUAAAUUAUCAUUUUAUUUCAUAUUAUUUCAGUGUUGUAAAACUCUACAGGUCUGAGUUCAAGUCCAGAGUCAUUAUUUAUACUUCAUCUUCUUUAUCAUAGUGAGCAGGUUUGUCUUCUUUCAUCAUUCCUGUCACUCGUGGCGUAACAUAUCUCAUUUCCUUAUCCAUGAAUCUGACGUUCCAAAGUUUGAAAAGUUGAUUGACAGGGUUUUUGUAGGACACAGUUUAUACUUGUUGUGCUCGACCAGGAUCGGUGUGAAACAGGAUCAGUGGUUAGGUCACCUUGUGUUUUUGCAGCCACCAUCAGAGUCUCUUAAAAACUGGUUUGUGCGUCAGGUGAAAUGUUUCUCAUUCAGGCAAAAACGUUUGUGGGUCUGUUGACAGUUGCGUAACGUUUCUGGUCACAUUUCCGGUGGCGUUCAUCAAACCUUAUAAGGUUUUCUCCUUCGUAACGCAGCCGAUGUUUCUCCGGGUCUCCUCCCCUCCAACCACGUCCUGUGUUUCUGCUCGAUGCUGUUUGGUCGAAGACAAACUGAGAACGUUUUGACAUCAGAUGUUUUCAUCGUGUUCAGUUUGAGUUUUUGAGGCCUUGUUCAUCCGUCUAACUCCCCAUGACCGUCGGUUUGAGGUUCUGUUGUUUAAGCAACGAGGGGAAGAGGCAGAAGUGAAGAAACCAAAAAGGAGAAAUGAAAGAAGAAAUUCUCUCUGCUCUGGUGACUCAACUUCCUCCAGCAAACUGCAGACAACAAGGAGCUGCAGGUUCCUCUUCAUGUCAUGAGGAGUGAGAGCGACAAAGAGCUGCAGCUCAGGAAGCUCCCGCUCAUCGUGCUGUUGAGAUAAAUCACCUGCAGUGCAUUCUGGUCUAUAGAGAGAAGAUAUGAGGAAACAUGAGCGUCACAAUCUGGAAUUCUAUUUAUUGGAUUGAAUUGAACUACAUUGCAUUGAAGUGAAUUGAAAUAAAUGAAUUAAAUUGACCUAAAA